GCGCGAAUGGUGGAUCGGUUAAUUCGAGCGAAAACAUGUAGGCCUAGGGCUUAGCUUAUUAGCGAAUAUUUUUAAGGUUUUAACAGGGAGGUAUACGGUUUUACCUUCCUAUAACUUACUAUUUAUAUAUAAGAUAAUAUUGUGACCCAGUCAUUAUUCAAUGCGUAGGGGAACUGAUAGAAACUUUUCGCUAGUAUUUUUAGUAACGUAGGCCUAGGCCUAGCCUAGUAGGCCUGACAUGAGAGACUCUCUGGUUCCGGUUUCAUAUCAUAGGCGGCCGCCUAUAGGAGAACCUAAGUUGAUCUGGGUCAAUCAGUCUACUUACAUAGGCCUAGGUCUUGGCCUGUCUUAUUUCCUUCUGAAUUAGCUUUAUGAGAACAGAUGACUCACUUAGGCCUACAGUUUAAACAUGAACAUGAAGAAGGCAACAAAUACCGAAGAGAAGCAAAAAGCUCUGCUUGAGCUGAGAGCUGAGCGAAUGAGACUAUUGGAAAGAGCUAAACAAAAUCUGCAAACAUCUCUGUCGACUGGUGAUCAUGAUUCAGAUGUUCUUGUUGACACUAGACAACAUAGCAGUUAUCAACAAGAAGAUUCACCAGAUCAUCAUUCAACAUUCAAGUAUAAAGGCAAGAGUGUGAGGAAUGAAAAACAUAAAGCAAGUCACAAGUUACCACAUGACAGACCAACUGAACCUAGUGUUCGUAGACCUACAGAAUUUCCCACAAUGCAGCCUAGCAAACCUCAGAGGAAGAUCAAGAGACCUUCUAAAAGAGACGGUAGCACCAAGACUCACCACUUUCAGCGUGCGCGGCCAGGGUACACAUGGAAUAUGGGUGGAAGGCUGAAGGAAAUCAGAAUCAGACAUCUUGCCAGAAAGUUCUUAUGGAUUUGGAUUCAGAAUUCUUUCGGAAGGACUAGACCAUCUAUAGCCAGGAACCAUUAUAAAAAAGUACUAUUUAGAAAAGUGAUGACUGAAUGGAAAGAUUUGUGGUGGACUGGAAGGAAGGAAUGGAAGUUAAUGAUACGGGCUGAUUGUCAUAACAGGUACCGUUUAUGGCGUCAGACUUGGGUAACAUGGAUGCAGUAUGUAAUUGUUCAGAGGGUUAAGAAGGCAAAGAUGACUUUAGCGUAUAAACAUGCUGACCAGAAAAUACUGCGUAGAGCUUUUGCAGGUUGGCGUGAGCACCAUGACGCCAAGCGUGCUAAAACAUCAGUCUACAAAACCCUUGACAAAGCUGUCUCACAGAAACGUGUAAAGAGGGCGUGGGCACUGUGGAUGGCCCAACUUGAGAGAGCACGAUUUGUGCAGGAUAGGGAGGCAUAUGCCUUACACUACUGGGCUCAAAGCCUUACUAAUAAGAUGUUGCAAAAAUGGAAGUUAAGGAUGAGAGGAAGACAAGAGGAUAAAGAAAGAGAAGCAGUUGCCAUUCAGUUGCAUAACCAGUUUCUUGUGGCCAGGUGCUUCUUUCAAGGCUUCCUACCUUACACUAUGUACAGGAUGGAGAAGAAAAAGAGAACAGCAACUGGUGUAACUUUCUAUAUGGAACGUUUGACGGCAAAGCAUUUUCAUCACUGGCAUACCAGAUGGUACACUAAGAAGAUCAUGGCUGAGAAGAGCCAUCAGAUACAGGUCAUGGGUAAAAGUGCAAUGCUCAGGAGAAUACUGACACAUUGGAAAUUCUACAUAUCAGUGAAGCAAGAGAAAGCAGCAAAAAGACAGUUAGCCAAUGGGCAUUACCAAGCCAGGUUAUUACGAGUUGGUUUGUCAUCACUCCAACAUGCAGUGAAAGAUCGUAAACAGAAAAAUCAUCGGGAAGUGAUCGCUAAGGACUUUAGGAUAACAAUUCUUACCAAAAAAGCCUGGAAUCGAUGGAUGGAGCGAUGUGAUGAAAAUGAUGAACUGAAGCUUAUCACUCAGUCACGGAAAGCAUGGCAUCAUUAUAGGAUAAAAACUUUAGGAAGGUCUGUGGCUAUUCUGCAGCGAUACACUGCUUGGAGAAAACACCGCAAGAGUCAGUACAUAACUGCUGAUGCAUUCUUUGCUUAUAAAGUUCUCCCAAAAUGUCUUCGGCAUAUGCAUCAAUUUGCUAAACUGAUGCAAGAAAAACGGGAACGAGUGACGGCUUCACAAGACUUUCGAAGGGAAUGUCUUCUUGGAAGUACUUUUUAUCGGUGGAUGUUUACGUAUCGAGCAAGUCAAGAUUACAGGAUGAUGGAACGAAUGGCUAUUCUCCAUCGUGAUGAGAAACUCAUCCGUAGAAGCCUCAGAGUCUGGUGCAAAGGCACACAGGAGAAAAUAAAAGAGACAAAGAAAAUGCAGACUGCUUUACAACAUUAUUAUUGUAAUCUUCUAGUGAAGAUGAUGAAGGCCUGGAAGUUAUUUACAAAAUCUGAAUUAAGAAGUCAUGAACAAGGCCUAGUAGCAUGUAAACACAAUAAUCAGCAAACUCUCAAGAAAGCUUGGACAGCAUGGGGAAUGUAUGUUGCUAAGCAGCAGGUGAAAGGUCACAAAAUGGCUAUGGCUGAAGUUUUCUAUCAACAGUGUCUCCUGAGGAAAGUUGUAGACGCAUGGAAGACCUAUAAUAAUGAAGUGAUUGCUAUCCAUAUGGAAGCAAGCAAGAAAAAGUCAAAAGUUGAGAAGAGACGUCUUGGGGAACUCUUCCACCAAUGGCAUCAUACUACCCAAGAGCUGAUAGAAGAUCGACUGAAGUUACAGAAAGCUGAAAAAUACCAUGCAGUAAAAUUGAAGUCUACUGUUUUUAAUAGAUGGAACUACUACGCAAUUAUCCAUAUUGGAUGUAGAGAUGAGGAAGAGCGCCGAAUUCAACAUCUGCAGUGUAAGCUACGAACAGGAAAACUUAAGCGUGUGUUUAAAGCCUGGGUUUCCUUCACUGCCAUCAAACAGACCAAAUGCUAUUUAAACAGCAAAGCCAGAUUUCAUUAUCAAAGCAAGAUGAAGCGAAAGGUGAUGGAGCAAUGGAAGGAAUUCAACAGCAUUCAGUUAAGGAAGGCUUUGUUGCAUCGUCAAAGUAUCUGGCUUCACAACACAAGACUACUUUCGUUUGGAUUUAAAAGAUGGUGGAAACAGUACCAUCUGUCUGUAGGAGAACAAGCAAAAUCCAACACAGCACUCUGGCAAUGGAGCCUAGUUCUUCAGCGCAAGGUACUCCUGGCAUGGGUUACAUACACUGCUGACAAGAAACGGAAGCAAGCUCGUCUUGUAGAGGCCAUGGCAUCAAGACGUAAAAGGUUACUGAAGGAAGGGGCAUCAAAGUGGUUGAGAGUUGCGUCGUAUCUUGCCAGUGAAAGAGAAAGAUUUGCAGCCAGACAACAAGUUGAAAAUGCAUUUACAUCAUACCAGCUUGUUCACCGCUGUGCAAUGAAAUGGAGGCAGAAGACCCUUGCAAAAAGAGUUCUUCCUCAUGGGCCCUCUAUGAAACCUCAAGCAAAGCAGAGCAACAAAAUGCUGCUGCCAAAUCCAAAGCAGUCAUCUACUGAGCCGCAGGUUUCUGUGAAGCCAAAGCCAGCCCAGGAUGAAGGCUUAGCAUCCAUAGACAGGUUAUUAUCAGGUUUGUCAAGCAAACAGAGGAAUCGCCCUCAACCCCGAAGACCAGCCUUUCUAAUGGAAUCUCUACAGAAGGAAGGACUCUGGCAAAACACUAGAACACAAGGACCAAAUGAGUUGAUGCAAGAAAUCCAGCAUGUAGGAGAUUCAGUGGAACAGCCUCUUUCUACAGUUGGCCUAAAUGUGUUGCCAUUUGUGGAAUAUAUACAAGAUACAGAUCUUAAACUCAAAUCUGUUCAAAAAGAAUUGCCUAAUACAGAUGUUGCCCAUAAAAGAGAUAGAGGUGUUCGCAAAGCCAAGACAUCUGAGAGUUUGCCAACACCAGAACUUGUGAAAACACCAAGAAGAGUAAUCAAAGAGAGACCACUGCCUAAGAGAGAUACUAGUAAUACUCUACCAACUGUACCAACCUCAACAGCAAAUAAACCCUUGCUUUUACCACCAUCAGCAUUUAUGAAGCCUCCUACUCAUAAGACAAAUGAUCAUCGGGCUGGUACCGGUGAGAGAACUCUUUCAGCAAAACAGAUAAAACCAUUAGUGUUGUCACUUUCAGAUGAUUCAGGACCAGCUGGUAAAGAUGACGAACCAGCUGGUUUGCCUGCACUACAUCAUCGACCAGUUACACCCCCACUACGAACAUCAUUUGAAGUAACUAGUCCAUCUUGGGCAUCAAGCUUACAUGAAGAAGGUUCGCCAGAUAUGACCAAAAAACUUCCUCAGCCAAAAUCUGGAGUGGUUCUUUUGCCACCAAAUGCGUUCAAAUCUGGGAAGAGUAUUAUGCAGGGUGAAGCUCUAGCAAAGGGCAUGACCUUGCAGCAGGAAUUGAAGAACAUUAGAGAUCGGCUUAAAACAUUCCAACAACUAAAAAUAAGAAUGAGCUUGUUAAGAGAACAAAACAAACAGCUGACAGAAUACCUUGAAGAUCAACCUAAAGAUUCGCCAGGUUGCGAUGAUGACCUCCAAAUUCAAGAUGUCAUCGAUGAAAUAGAACAGCCUCAGGUGGCGUUUUACAUACAAUAUAAAUAUUACCCAAUGGACUACGAAGGAGACUUUACAAUUAAUAACAAAUGUCAAGACAGACAAUGUAUACUGUAUUUAAAUUGGACCUCAUUGGAUAUGGGUGGACUCCGGCCUAAUGGGAGUUCCUGAUGCUCAUUACGUGAUGUAGACAACGAAGCCACAACUAUCAGGAAAGAACGUCCAGACUCACUCGUAAAAGGGCAACAGAACUUACCAAUUAUUCAUAGAUAGCCUAAAAUCGUCGCUCAUCAAGCUUCUUGCAACAAUUCUGGAUAUUAAAUUAAUUACAAUAUAGUGUAAAUGUUAUUUUUCAAAUGUUUUCCCCUGCAAUCUCAAAAAUAAUGUUCACCAUUAUGUAGUAAUUCUUGUAGGCUUUAUAUUUAUUAAUAUUGUAUUAUUACUGUUAAUGUUUAUCUUAUUAAUAGAGAAAGUAACCCGUUUGUUGUAAAGAAUAUAGACAUGUAAGAUAAUAAGAUAUAACAUUUUGAGGAUUAAAAUCAGAUUUAUUGAUUUUUGCCGGAUGUACAUAAUGUAGGCCUACAGUAUAUAAAUAAACAAUGUAUGUAUCACAACUUAAUUUC